GAAGUCGACCGACUGGAUUGCAUGGCUGAAAGUGUAUGGGACCUUCGCCGUGGGAAAAUAUUAAUAAGUGGACAUAACGUUGAGGGGAAACAACCAAGACACGUUGAAUACCUAAUAUAAGGUCUCAUUUCAUUCGGGCUUUUGCUUUAUUUUGCGAAAGUUGCCUGUAACGCGGUUACAAGGGGCUCGAGGGAAUAUUAAUAUUUACAUAACCGCGCUGAUUUCGGGCUUGCGCGUCUUACUCCGUAUUGACUUCAACUGGAAGACUGCGCGCAUUGAGAUUCAAGUCAACUCACAGGCCAACUUGCUUUAAAGGCGAGAUAUAAAACAUGUACAGUAUUGUUGAUUAUUUUGGGUAAUUCUGGAAAACUUGUUGAUUAUUUUGGGUAAUUCUGGAAAACAAGUUAUACAACAGGGAAGUGUACUUUGCGUUGCGUCCGGGUCCUAAAGCCAGUCGUGUAUUCGGCUGUUGCGCGGAUAACCAGCGCUUGCUCCAAUGCUUCAACUGUGGUCGUGUUCCAAAUCAUUAGACGUGAUGAUGGAAAGUGUUUUGUUAGAGCAAGGCUAACUAUUUUUUCCCCGGAUAUAAUCCAGAAUCAUUUGAACGCGCAUUCAUAGUGACUUUAUUAGAUAAUUUGUCGUUUUUACGCUUUUGAAAGCAGUUUAUUCUUUGGAGUGUGAAGUAGAGAGACGCUUAGGAGAUCUGUAUCGUAGCAGCACAGCAUACUACAAACGACUGAAGGGACUUGAGUGGAGUAAUGGUGGUAAAUACGGUCCACUGGUUCAGGAAGGGCUUGCGGCUCCACGACAAUCCUUCACUCAGAGACUCCAUACAGGGAGCGCACACUGUCCGCUGUGUGUACAUCCUGGACCCCUGGUUCGCCGGAUCCUCGAACGUCGGGAUCAGCAGGUGGAGGUUUUUACUGCAGUGUUUGGAAGACUUGGACGCCAGCCUCCGCAAACUCAACUCACGACUCUUCGUUAUCCGUGGCCAACCCACCGAUGUCUUCCCCAGGCUGUUUAAGGAGUGGAACAUAACACGUCUGUCCUACGAGUAUGACUCAGAGCCAUUUGGAAAGGAGCGAGACGCAGCCAUCAAGAAGCUGGCCAAUGAGGCAGGUGUGGAGGUGAUAGUUCGCAUCUCUCACACGCUCUAUGAUCUGGACAAGAUCAUCGAGCUGAAUGGAGGCCAGUCUCCGCUCACGUACAAGCGCUUCCAGACCCUCAUCAGCAGGAUGGAGGCGGUGGAGACCCCGGCAGAGACCAUCACAGCAGAAGUCAUGGGGCCGUGCACCACGCCGGUCUCUGAAGACCACGAUGAGAAGUUCGGGGUUCCUUCUUUGGAAGAGCUUGGCUUUGACACAGAAGGCCUGUCCUCAGCUGUGUGGCCUGGAGGAGAAACAGAGGCCCUCACUCGUCUGGAGAGGCACCUGGAGAGGAAGGCUUGGGUGGCCAACUUUGAGCGUCCAAGAAUGAAUGCCAAUUCGCUGUUGGCCAGUCCCACUGGCCUCAGUCCAUAUUUAAGAUUCGGCUGCCUCUCCUGUCAACUCUUCUACUUCAAACUCACAGACCUCUACAGAAAGGUCAAAAAGAACAGCUCACCUCCUCUGUCCCUCUAUGGCCAAUUACUGUGGCGUGAAUUCUUUUACACGGCCGCCACCAACAACCCACGCUUUGACAAGAUGGAAGGCAAUCCAAUUUGCGUGCAGAUCCCGUGGGACAAAAACCCAGAGGCUUUGGCCAAGUGGGCUGAGGGCAGGACGGGUUUCCCCUGGAUCGAUGCCAUCAUGACUCAACUGAGACAAGAGGGCUGGAUCCACCAUCUAGCCCGGCACGCAGUUGCUUGUUUCCUCACCCGCGGAGACCUGUGGAUCAGCUGGGAGGAGGGCAUGAAAGUCUUUGAGGAGCUGUUGCUGGAUGCAGACUGGAGUGUGAAUGCAGGAAGCUGGAUGUGGCUGUCCUGUAGCUCCUUCUUCCAGCAGUUCUUCCAUGACUGGCGUUAUUUGCCAGUGUUAAGGGGUUUCCCAGCCAAGUAUAUCUAUGACCCCUGGAAUGCUCCUGAAAGCGUUCAGAAAGCAGCCAAAUGUAUAAUUGGAGUACACUACCCCAAACCCAUGGUGCAUCAUGCAGAGGCAAGCCGCCUCAAUAUAGAGCGUAUGAAACAGAUCUGCCAGCAACUGUCCUGCUACCAUGGCCUGGGACUGCUGGCAAUGGUGCCAUCCAACCCUAAUGGAAAUGGUGAGAAUUCCACAACCUUAAAGGGAUUCCAAACAGGAGAUGUGACCAAGGAAGUCACUGCACCUUCAGGCUAUCAGAUGCCUCCCACCUCUCAAGGUGAAUGGCAUAGCAGGACGAUGGUUUACUCACAAGGAGACCACCAAACAAGCAGCAUCAUGCCACCGCAAGGUUUUGCAAGCAUCAGUAGUAGCACAAUGUGCUACAGGCAAGAUUCACAGCAGAUACCUGGUUCUGCUGUACAGCCAGGACGAGGGUUACACAGCAGCACCCUCCAGAUGUCAGGAAAACGACACAGCGAGGAGUCUGGUCCUGCCACAUGCUCAAAAGUCCAGAGGCAGAGCAGCUCUUAAACAUCAGAAAUGGUCGAUGCAAAGCGGUCAGCACGACUUCGCAGAGGCCUGAUUUUUUUUUGUUCGCACCUUUUUCGAGUUGUUACGUUUUGCAUUUUUACAGAACAAAAAUCCCACUGACGGGAGCGACUGAAGGGAGUGCAUGAUUCUCUCUAUAAGCACAUCAACACAUAGCACUUCGAAACAAUCAAGACUGUACAUUAUCACAGGGACUUCACCCAAGCGGUCACCAACAUCCUGACAACAUUGGAAUUAUGUUGCGGCUCUGUGAUCUGCACAGCUGCAAUGUUCUGUCAACGUUGCGUUCAUGUUUGGACUGUUUGGGACUAAAUUUUUGUGUAUAUAAGGAUUUGACAAAUACUUUAGAUACAAAAUGUAAAUAUUUAAUAUUGUAUGUGCUUUCUUUAUUUCAUGUAGUUAUAGGCCCAUUGAUAUAUUUUUUAUAUAAAGAAUUAUUGUGGAUCAAUUUUACUCUGUUCUUUAUGAAAACAUUUUAAAGCAUUUGUAGACUGUUCAUGCAGUACACUGCUAAGCCUCUCCUCGGGAUGCUUGCUUGCACUACGUUUUUUUUUAUCUUGAUCUCUCCUUUGCUUGCUUGUUCUCUUUCUGUCUCUGCCACAAAUGUUUGUGAUCUCUCUCUUUUCAGAUUGACAUCUGUCUUGUACACCUUCUCAGUCCCCGUUUACUCCUCCUCUCUAUCUGGGUGUCUCUCCAUUGCUGUUAACUAUAUGAAACUAUAAGUCACCACAAUGUUUCUCAUCCUCUCACAUUGUGCUUGUUUAAUAAAGUGUAAAUGUAAA